CUGAACGGGAUCAAGCUCUACGGCCGCCCCAUCAGAAUCCAGUUCCGCUCAGGGAGCAGUCACGCAUCUCACGAUGGCAACCCAUCCUGUUCCCCGCACGGAGCCGCCAGCACCAGCCCGUCUGGCGCGCCGCACCCCGCAUCAAACUGCAGCAGAUACGACAGGAGUCCUGACGGGAUGGUAGCGGCGGGAUUCUCGUCGGCGCAGCGGUCUCUGCCGUCUGCUGAUAACCUUCAGAGACACGCGAUGAAAAGCGCCGUGCGGCAGCAGCCCCCGUUUGGGGGGAAGUACGAACAGCCCGCCUUCGCCCUGCCCGGCUCCCCGCCGGCUCCUCACGCCUUCCACCCCGCACCAGCCCCGCAAAUGCCGCAGCGGCCGGAGAUGGCGGUGCCGCGCAAGGGCCGGCUGAGCGCCCACCCCUACCACCCGGACGGCAGGCACUUUGGCCGCGAGCAGCGUUUUGGGGAACGGGGGCCCGACUAUGGCCGCGGCAAGAGGGAGGAAUACGGCUUUGAGGAGAGGGGCCACGACGCCGAGCACUACUACCGGGUGGGCAGAGAGGAGCCUGCCUACGAAGACAGGCACCGGGACGGCUGGAGCCACGACUACGACUACCGCAGGGAGGGCUACAGAGAGGCCAAGUGGCACCCCUCGCGGCAUUAG